AUGCCCACAAAGUCAAGGAAGGUUGACUCAGUUGGCAAAGAGUUGACUCUCAUACCUAGAGGUCGUGAGUUCAACUUCUAUUGUCGAUGUUUAGUGUACACUUACUCGAUAGGGAUGAAGCAACAUCUAUAUAUAAACGAACCGGAUCUUGUUAAAGAAAUGAACCAAUGUAUCACUUUGAGUUUGGGUAAGCCUUCUUAUAUUACUAACAAACUUUCACCAAUGCUUGGUAAUGGCAUUUUGAGAGCCAAUGGUCAGAGUUGGGCACAACAGAGAAAACUUGUUGCAGCUGAGUUUUUCAUGGACAAAGUUAAGGAUAUGGUGGGGCUUAUGAUAGAGUCGGCACAGCCAUUACUUCUAAAAUGGGAACAAUUUUUUGAGGAGCAAGGUGGUGCCACUGCUGAAGUUAAAGUUGAUGCUGAUUUGAGAAGCUUUUCAGCUGAUGUUAUUUCAAGAGUUUGUUUUGGACAUUCUUAUUCUAAGGGAAAAGAAGUUUUCUUAAAGCUUAGAAGCAUCCAAAAGAUCAUGUCAAACCAUGGCUUCCUUUUUGGACAGAGCGGUUUCUUGUAUGCACCCCUUUGA